AUGCAUCUCUUCAGCAUGUCCCGGGCGAUGCUUCUGCUGCCUCUGUGCAUAGCACUCAUGCCUGUGAGGCUGGGUCAGGGAGCCCCACUGAAAGAAGAGGAGAAAUGGAAACCACUAGACAACCCCAGAAACAGAGAUCUGUUUUUCAGAACGCUCCAGGCAUAUUUUUUGAGAAGAGGCCUUGAUCUUGAGAAGGUUCCAAAAACUUUCUACAUAAACAACGAGAAACCUUGGCCUUCCUCCUUCCACUCAGAUCCCAUUACUUCUGCGUUUACAGAUUAUGAGGAGCAGAAAAACUCCUUUUCCAAUGACUUCAGAGGCUGA